UUUAUAAUAUUAUAUACUUAAUAUCAACUCAUUAUUUUAUAUUGGCUAUAUAGCUCAGUGGAUAGAGCGGAUGUCUCUCGGUGGUUUCGUAGAAUUCAGCUGUCGGUUCAAAACCUUUCAGCGUGAUUUUUUUUCUUUAUUAUAUAUUUUUUUUUAAUAUUUUGCAUAAGUAGAAUCUAGAUCUAAAUAUGAUAAUUUUAAUUUUCAAUGACAUUCUUGUCUUUUUUUAUAGUUUUAUAAUUCGGUAAAAAAUUUUACACUCAAUAAUUUUUUAACAUUCAGGUAUGCUAGUGGAAGAUUUAGGACGCCACAACCGGCUUGGUUUACGUUUUAUAGCUGGCUGAGGUAUUCUGUAAAGCUGGAUGGGGUCUUUUGUGCCCCGUGUUUUCUAUUUUCUGGCUCUGAUCCCCGCAGCAAGGCACUGACAACAACUGUAGUUACAGACUGGAGUAACAUAAAAAAGAUUUUAGAUAAGCACGGGAAAUCUGAUAUUCAUAUCUCUAGUUCAAUUGCUGCAGAAAACUUUGUAGCGAUACAGAAUCGACAACAAAAGGAUAUUGAGUGCAGUAUAUCCUCAGCAUAUAAUGCUUUGGUUGAGAAAAACCGAAAAAUUAUGGCAUUGAUUGUCGAUACCCUUAUGCUUUGUGGAAAGCAAAAUAUUCCAAUCCGUGGUCACCGCGAAGAUGCUGAUUCUGACAGAAAGGGGAACUUUCAAGCACUACUAGAAUUUCAGGCUAAAAAUAAUCCAGUUCUGAAAGACCAUCUGGAAAAUGGAGACCCAAGGACGCGCUACACUUCUCCAAAGAUUCAGAACGAGAUAAUUGCCAUAUGUGGCAAACUUAUUUCUGAUGAAAUCGUCACCGAAUGUAAUCAGUCUCAAAUGUUCAGCCUGAUAGCAGACGAGGCAACAGACUGCGCUACAAUGGAGCAAAUGGCUCUUUGUGUGCGAUAUCUGAAGGACAGCGAGAUCAGGGAAGAAUUCCUUGGUUUCUCCGAGUGCAAGAGUACCACGGGGGAGGCAUUGGCUAACGCCUUUCUUGAAAACCUCAGAUGUUUAGGAGUACAGAUGGACUAUAUAAGGGGUCAGGGAUACGACGGGGCCUCAAAUAUGUCCGGGUUAUAUAGAGGUGUCCAAGCCAGGAUCCGCCAACAAUAUCCUGAGGCAGUUUAUACCCAUUGCAAGGCCCAUUGCUUGAACUUAGCAAUUGUCCACGCAUCCAACUGCACGUAUGUUAGAAAUAUGAUGGCCACGGUGCAGACAGUAGCGUUUGCUUUUAACAUGUCCGCAAAACGUUUGCUAAAUUUUCAAGAAACUCUCGGAUGUGACCCCACCAGCCGUGAAGAAAUGGAAGAGCGACAGAAGCUUCAGUCGUUAUGUGAGACACGUUGGGCAGCUAGGGCCGAUGCUCUUCACACGUUUUUAUGCUCAUACAGGUAUCACUGUGUUUGAUACAUUCAAUAUAAGCAUAAAUUAUGAAUUCUUUGCCGAGAUGCUUUAAUGACAAAUGUCUUACAUUAAACACAUAUCUAUUGAAAUAAAACAUGUGUGUAUUAAAUGAUGAAAUAUUUACGCAUUUAAUUAUUUUAUAUAUAUUUAUAUAUGUUUGAUUCAAAUUCAAUUUUGUUUAAGAACUGUAGUAACAUCACUGGAGGACAUGGGUACGAAU